UGCUCACUUUGUUUUAUGUAUUCAUUCUGGUUUUGCUUUUCUCAAUAGUGUAAUUUUUGAAAAGUUCAAGUUAAAGAAUAACAAUGAGUUUUAACAAUGACAAAAAUGAAAGCAUUUCUGUGGACGAUUGGAAAAGUCGUCUAGAAGAAUUUCCAUUUAAACAUUCAGACAUGAACAAAUUAAUAAUGAAUUAUUUAGUAACAGAGGGCUUUAAAGAGGCUGCAGAAAAAUUUCAACAAGAAGCAGGAUUGGAACCUUCUGUUGAGUUAAGUUCUUUAGAUGAUAGAAUAUUAAUCCGUUCAGCGGUACAAAGUGGACGAGUUCAAGAAGCAACGCAUUUAGUAAACCAGUUACAUCCUGAAUUACUUGAUAACGACAGAUACUUGUUUUUCCAUCUGCAGCAAUUGCAAUUAAUCGAACUAAUAAGAGCGGGAAAAGUUGAAGAAGCAUUGACAUUUGCUCAAACAAAACUUUCAGAAGCUGGAGAAAACAUACCUGAAGCAUUAUCUGAAUUAGAAAGAACUAUUGCGCUACUAGCUUUUGAAAAACCUCAAAGCAGUCCAUUUGCAGAUCUAUUAGAGCAAUCUCACAGGCAAAAAGUGGCAAGUGAGUUAAAUGCUGCUAUUCUCAAAGCCGAACAUCAAGAAGAGUCCACACCAAAAUUAAUGUAUCUUUUAAAAAUGAUAUUGUGGGCUCAAAGCAAACUGGAUCAUCGUGAUAUAAGUUAUCCAAAAAUGAAAGAUUUGGCAACGGCUCAUAUCGAACCGAAGUAAAAUUUUGAAAUUUAUAUGAAAUAUACUUUAUUAUUUUAUAAUAAAUGAUGUUCUGUUUAAGUAGUUUGCUUUUAAAUUAUUUUUAGUUAUAUUAAUACAAAUAAAAAUAAAUGUAACUAUUAUUUUCGAUUAUUUGAUAAAAUUAAAUUAAUAUUUAAAAGAUUGUAUGUAUAUAUAAGAGUUUAUUAAAUAUUAGCGUUGAAAAUUUUAAACAAA